AUGCACACUCGGAUUACUGAGACUGAGUCUGGCAGGGUCAAAUUUCAAUCUCAGUACUCAAGGUUCAAGAAUAAGUUUGUAAAAGUUAGACAAUAUGUACCCAUUUGUCACUACUGUCAAACAAAAGGACACACCCGACCUGAAUGUUAUUUCUUCUACAGAGAUCAGAGGAAGGAGAAAUAUCAGAACAAGUCUAUUACUCCCUUCACAAGACAGGUUUGGGUGAGGAAAUCAGAAGUAAUAUGCUAUCCCACAAUCGUUCUGACCGCCUCUAUGACUGAAGCAAAAUGGUAUUUCGACAGUGGGUGUUCCAGACAUAUGACUGGGAAUGUCAAGUGUCUCAUGGCUGUUCAACCCAACAGUGGAUCAGUUACGUAUGGGGGCGGCCAAAAGGGAAGAUAG